AUAACUCUGCGUGGUAAAAUGUACCCACCGUCGCAAAAUAUCACCCUCUUACGGCAACUUGCUUGAGAAGGAGUGUGACACAAAGUUAUUUUCAAAAUAAAUGAGCAUCAAGAGACUGUAUACAAGUCUACUGAGAAGCUUAUUUUCCGGUGCUCGUCGAUAGUCUGAUUUUUGACCUACAACAUACGAUGUUGCAAUCACCAUGCGUCAUUUUAUAGGUCAUCGAUCAUUACCCACAGGCUCGCGGAGCUAUUGCAACACUACGUGAAAUCGUUGCCGAGUGAGUUAUACAGCCAGGUCCGACCACCAGAGCUAAAAUUGGACUCCAUUGUGUAGCUUGCAAGCUUUAAUUCCAAUAUGGUGAUCAUAGACCCCAAUGAAUUAUCCCCAUUAUCCGGCUGCGACGUUGUUUUUAGGAAUAUUUCUGUCAAUAUCAAGGAUAAACCAAUUCUUCAGAAUGUGAGUGGAGUUGCUAAAGCAGGUGAAGUGUUGGCCAUCAUGGGACCUUCAGGUUCUGGUAAAACAACUUUAUUGAAUACUAUAGCAGGCCGACAAAACGACCUGGAAUCUGGAACAAUCAUGCUAAAUAAUCAGAAGUUGACCAAAAGACUUCGAAGACGAGUCAGUUAUGUUCUUCAAGAGGAUAUAUUUUUUGAUAAUAUUACAUUAAUUGACACCUUAAAGUCUUUUCUGAAACACAACCAGCAUGACACAUUCCAGUCUUUCCUGAAACACAACCAGCAUGACACAUUCCAGUCUUUCCUGAAACACAACCAGCAUGACACAUUCCAGUCUUUCUUGAAACACAACCAGCAUGGCACAUUCCAGUCUUUUCUGAAACACAACAACCAUGACACAUUCCAGUCUUUUCUGAAACACAACAACCAUGACACAUUCCAGUCUUUCCUGAAACACAACAACCAUGACACAGAUGGAUUGAUUGGAAAUGCAGAAAAUAAAGGACUAUCCGGUGGGGAGAAAAAGCGAGCAAACAUUGCCUGUGAGUUGCUGACUGAUCCAGUUGUUCUGCUGUUAGAUGAACCAACUACUGGACUUGAUUCAAGCAUUGCGUACAGUUUAAUUUGGUCUCUCAAGCAGUAUACUGCUUAUUUUGGUCAUGUAAAGAAUAUAAUGGACUAUUUUAGCCGUAUUGGUUUGACAUGUGUAGAACAUUAUAAUCCAGCAGAUUUUGUUAUGGAAAAGCUUAAAGGCACAGAAGAUGAAAUCCGCUGUAUCAAGGAAGAAGGGAAAAAAGCUUCAUGGGAUUUACUGGAAGAUAUUAAACAAACAAACCCGUUGACAGAUUCAUUAUCUCAAGGCAAAAACAUUGACUCCAUAAAUAUUGAUAUUAUUCCUGAUGAAGAAGUUCUUGAUUCCAAGAAAAAAAAAUGGCCUACAAACUUUCUUGAACAGUACAGGAUUCUGACUGUGAGGUGUUUCAAACAAGCUAAGAGUACAAUACUGACUAAAUCUAAUUACAUAGAAUGUAUAAUGGUAUCUAUUAUGUUUUCACUAAUAUGGUGGCAGUUGGGCUUUGAAGAGGAGGAUAUAAUAAGUAGAAUGGGACUGUUCGUAUUUUAUCUUGUGUAUUGGUGUUUUGCAAUAGCAUUGAUUGCAGUAAUAGUUUUUCCGUCGGAGAAAAUAGUGAUGUUCAAGGAACGUUCAGCUGGCAUGUAUCGGUUAUCAGCUUUUUACCUUUCUAAGAACACAAGUGAACUGCCAUUGCUGAUUAUACUACCAAUCAUUUCAACUCUGAUUGUUUAUUGGAGCACUGGUCUCAACCAAUCCGCUUCAGCGUUCUUUUCCUUUAUGGCACUGUUGCUUCUAACUGUGUUUGCUGGCCAGGCACUUGGCCAAGCAAUAAGUAUAGCAUGGUUAGAUUUUGAGAAAUCGUUAUCCACUACUGCUAUAAUAAUCCUAUUCUCUUUGAUGCUGAGUGGUUUCUAUAUUGAUGAUUUUCCAGUCUGGCUUGAGUGGACAAAAUACACGUCUUUCCUCUAUUAUUCCUACAAUGCAUUGCUGAUAAUUGAGUUUACCGACAAUGGACCAUUCAGGUGCACCCUUGAUUAUUCUAUUUAUGAAGAAUGUCAAAAUAACAGUACAUAUAUUUCAUCAUCAUCUAUUCUACAAGAAGCGAAUGUUCAUCUUCCUCUCUGGCUGAACUAUCUAUUUCUUGUUGUCUAUAUGUUAACAUUCAAGAUUUUGGGAUACGUUAUCCUCAGAUUUUGGAGAAAACCAACGUUUUAGUUAUUUGUUUACUGACUCGCCACAUAUUACAAAAACAAAAUGUUUACAUUUUGCGAGUACAUUAUUUUAUUUUUCUCAUUGUAAAACAUUGUGACUGAGAAAUGGAGAAUUUAUAAACAAUUUUUUAUUUUUCCUCAAGAAAGUAUUGUUUACCUGGUUGUUUUUUGAGUGUCUUUGUUUAUUUAUAGAGUGAGUACUGCAAAUAAAUGUCUAGUUACACAUGCAA